UCACCACCACCAACAGCAAGUUGGUGUAUUUCUCUUUUCAUUUCAGAAUCCAAAUGUCGUCGAUAAAUCUAGGGUAUCCAUGGUAUCCUUCUUCUCUAUUAGAAAUAAUCUUAAUUCUUCUGAUUCUUCAUUUCUAGUUAAUUCUCUGAUUAAUUCACGUGGGUUCUCUGAAAAUGAAUUUGUUAAUGUUUCUAAACGAACCAAACUCAAAACCCUACAUUUAUUUGGGAGAAAUGGGUUCACCAAACCCUACAUUUCAAAACUCAAUACUAAGGAUCCAUCAUUUCUGGUAUCUGAUCCUCUUAAACCCCUAAAACCCCAGAUUGAUUUUUUUUUUAAAUUCUAAAGGACUACAUGGAAUUGAGCUAGCUGAUUUCAUAUCAAGAAAACCAGCACUUUUAUAACUGACUACAAUCCCUUCAUUUGAUAUGCUUAAGAGCAUUUUUCAUACUGAUACAAACACCAUUAAAAUCCUAGGAUGAUUUACUUUUUGGGGUCUUAGAAUAAACUAACUUAAGAAAUUAUUGGUGAAUGUGGAGCUUUUGAGAUGUGAAGGUGUCCCUCAAUCUAAUAUUUUCAAGUGUCUAAUUCGGAAACCUAGUGGAUUUAUGGGAAAUGCUCAUAGAUUUAAAAAGAUUGUGAGAACGGUUAAAGGAGUGGGUUUCGAUCCCUCACAUACAACAUUUAGCUUAGCUAUAGAGGUUGACAUCAAUGAGUGAAGUUACUUGGGAAACCAAAGUUGACAUUUGCAAGAGAUGGGGUUGGUCUGAAGAUCGAAUUCAAACAGCAUCUAGGAGAAGUCCUUGGUAUAUGAUGGUGUCCGAAAACAAGAUGACGAUAGUUAUGGAUUUUCUUGUGAAUCAAAUGGGCUAUGAUUCAUUGAGUACUGCAGUAUACCCAGCGAUUUCACUUAUAGCUUGAAGGAGAGGAUUAUCCCGAGGUGCGUUGUUAUCAGAAUUUGGUGUCUAAGGGUCUGAUUGAGGGAAAAAUUCCUCUGAUCAUCGCUUUCACCAAUGGUGGAUAAGUCCUUUUUGGACAAAUUUGUGAAACCGUAUGAGCAAGAAGCUCCUGAACUUAUGAAAAUAUAUAACAAGAGCAGUUGAGUUACCAAGAGCUGCUUCCGAAAUCAAGGAUUUGAAGAGAUGAAUACGCAUUGCUGGUAAGUUCGAUAGAUCUAGAACUGCUAAAUUAAGCGAAAGAAAUAAGCAGUAUGUGCGUGAAAGGUCUCUAUGCUUGCUCACUGCAGAACAGUGGAUUCAAAAACUGGGCGCCGAGGUUGCUAAUCCGUAUGAAUACAAACCAACCAAUGAGAACAAAGUAUAGAAAGCAUACAGAUUGUCUGUUUUCUUGCUCAAAAACAGAAACCUAUCCCAUGUCUGUAUCCUUCUAAAUGUAAACCACCAUAACCUUCAACUGCUGCAUAUAAAUACCCAUAAGUACCACCUCCUAUCAUCCACAAAAGAUUAAGAAACACUUAAUUUACCUUCUCUCCCGUUAAAUUUCAUCAUCAAUGGCUCGUACUAAGCAGACAGCUCGUAAGUCUACAGGAGGUAAAGCUCCCAGGAAGACACUCGCCACUGCAGUUGCGAGGAAAUCAGCACCAACAACUGGACGAGUUGAGAAGCCGCAUCGCUAUCGUCCAGGAACUGUUGCUCUUCGUGAGAUCAGGAAAUACCAGAAGAGUACUGAACUUUUGAUCAGGAAGUUGCCUUUCCAGAGAUUAGUUCGUGAAAUUGCUCAAGAUUUCAAAACAGAUCUUCGGUUCCAGAGUCAUGCUGUUCUUGCACUUCAAGAGGCUGCUGAAGCUUAUUUAGUUGGAUUGUUCGAGGAUACAAACUUGUGUGCAAUUCAUGCUAAGAGAGUUACAAUCAUGCCUAAAGAUAUUCAUUUAGCAAGGCUUAUUCGUGGUGAAAGGGCUUAAGUUCUUUAAAAUUCUUCUGUUUCUUCUUCUUUUACGUUUAAUUUUUGCUUAGGGUAAUGGAGAAUAUGUUCUUACUUUUUUCAAGACGAU